AUGGAACACACAUUCAUAGAAAUAUUUUCUGUUGCUGUACCUAUUCAAUGGUAUUUAUUAUUAGUCAUAUUUGUCUUUACAGUACUGACAAUAGAAGUUAGCAUUGAAACGUGUUCAACAUUUAUGAACAGCACAUUUUACAAUCAGUCAAGUAUCUAUGCUUGCUGGUUAAAACAAGAAGAGCUGAUUGAUAUUAGUCGAUGGUCAAAUCAGCGUACAGUUGAUGAUUGUUUAUCCUAUUCAGAUCCACUAGAGAAAAAGGUCACCUGUGUGAGUUUUAUUCGCGAUUGGAGAAAAGUUUACGAUCAAUAUCCGAUUGUCAGUCCGAAUGACGAAAAUAGAGAUGUUCAACCAUUCAAAAGUGUCAUGAUUAUUCGGAAAGAAAGUGAGCAAAAACUAAUAGAAGAAGCUGACAUUUAA